AUGCCGAAUCGGCCGAAGUUGGAUCAGUUUGAUAUUCGACAUGUGGAUCGUCGGGAGCUAUACACGGACUUCAAGAAGCGCAUUGCGUAUUUGAAGGCCUUUUUGAAUCUGGUGGAAGAUGAUAUAAUCGUCUUCAACAAAGGCGUCAAGUACCUAAAGACGGCGAUCCCAGACCUCACGCAUCGCCUGUAUUCCAAAAUGCUCGAGUUCGACAUCACAGCCCGCGCGUUACGGACCCGCAACACCGCCUGCCACGCGCACGUGGAAGAUCUCUUCACCAUCGACAGUCCGCACGUGGAGCGCCGCAAGAUUUUUUGGAAGUGGUAUUUGACCCGGCUGUGCAACGACCCGAGCCAGAUGGAGUAUUGGGAGUAUCUGGAGAAGGUAGGGAGGAUGCACACCGGUAAAGAACUGCUGCACCCGUUGAACAUCGAAUACAUCCACAUGAACGCCUGCCUCCGGUACGUGGAAGAUGCGUUGAUCGAAUGGAUCUCGCUCCACCCGGAAAUGACCGUCCGCUUCAAGUUCGCCCUCAUCCGCGCAUUGAACAAGAUCAUGUGCAUCCAGAACGACCUGAUCUCAAAAUGCUAUAUCCCCGCCGGGCAGGAAUAUGAAGAGAAUUCC